UAUUACUGCAACUCGACAACACUGCGCUGUUUAUAAAUAAACAGUGUAUGUACACUUGUGUGUUGUCUGGCCGUGCAGUGGAAAAAAUUUGACCCACGAUUGCAGGAAAAGUGCUGCAACAACUGGGCGGCUACGUUUAAUUAAAAGUGAAAAAUGCAUGAAUGUGUUUCGCCAGCAGCAUAAUCGAAGCGCAUAAGAAGUUAUUUAUAGCGCCAGAAGGGGAGCACAGACACAGCGCCACGCCCACGUCCGCCAGUGCCAGCAACAGCAGCAGACGCAAAAUGUCGCGCAGCAAAUCCCGACUGCAAACUGAGGUCUGCGGCGACUGCGGCGCAACGGAUCCCUCAUGGGCAUCCAUCAAUCGCGGCAUUCUGCUCUGCGCCGACUGCUGCUCGGUGCAUCGCAGCCUCGGGCGUCACAUUUCCAUUGUCAAGUCGCUGCGGCAGGGUAACUGGGAGCCGUCGGUGUUGAAUUUUGUCAACUCGCUGAAUGCACAUGGCGCCAACAGCGUCUGGGAGCAUCAUCUGCUGGAUGGCAGCACAAAUUCAUCGGGCGGCAAACACGUGCCACGCUGGCGCAAGCCCACGCCCAAGGAUGCACUGCAUCCAACCAAGUCGGAUUUUAUUAAAGCCAAACAUGUCAAUCUAAACUUUGUCCUCAAGCCCAGCUUGCAGGACGAUGACGACUCCAGCGGCGGUGGCAGCAACCUGGAACAGGAGCUCAGCAGACAGCUGCAUGCCAGCGUGCGCACCAGCAAUCUGGAGACCUCGUUGCGUUUUCUGGUGCAGGGCGCCGAUCCGAAUUACUAUCACGAGGAGAAAUGCUCGACACCGCUGCACAUGGCGGCCAAAUUCGGGCAGGCAUCACAAAUCGAAAUGCUGCUCAUCUAUGGCGCCGAUGUCAAUGCAUUGGAUGGGAAUGGCAUGACGCCGCUGGAGCUGGCCAAGACCAACAAUCAUAGCACCAUAGCUGAGCGUUUGCUGGACGCCAUGUACGAUGUUACCGAUAGACUUAUUAUGUUUAUGGGCGGCAAGAAGCCCGAUCACGCUAGCGGUCGCCAUUUGAUAAUACCGGAGACAAACGGGGCCGAUAUAAGCGAACAAUUGAAAAUAGCACGCGGCAAGCUGCAGCUGGUGCCCAACAAGAUGUUUGAGGAGCUUGUCAUGGAUCUGUACGACGAGGUCGAUCGGCGCGAGUGCGAAGCCAUUUGGUCCACCAGCACGCUGAAUGCGGAGCAUGCAACGGUGCCAUUUUUGCCAGCUAAUCCGUUUUUGAGCGCCACGCGCAAUCAGGGUCGCCAGAAGCUGGCGCGUUUCAAUCGCGCCGAAUUCGCUGGACUGCUAACGGAUGUGCUCAUCGAUGCGCUGCGCCGCCAGAAUAUGGCCAAUCUGCGUCCGAUGGAUGCGCCGCUGCCAACACAGUCGCUGCAGCUGUUGCCCUAUGGCAACAACUCAACCAUGUAUAGCAGCUCCUUUGAACAGAGCGUGCAUGAUCCAAAUCUAUCGGAUGAUGAGCCCAUCUACGAUCCGGUGGCCAGCGAUGAUGACUAUGCGCCGGUGCCGCCCAUGGCGCAGCAGGCCAUUGUGCACACGCCGCCGCGCAACGCGAACUCGCAGAACGAAAUGGAAACGCUGCGCAAGCAGAUCAACGAAUACAAAAGCGAAAUCAAUCAGCUGAAGAAUGUGGUGCAGCAGUUGUCCAGCGAAAACUCGCAGCUGAAAUUCAAAUUCAACAGCGCCUCGAACAACAGCGUCUACGAUGAGCCACUUCGCAUUGAUUUGAGUCUCAACAGCCCCGACUCGGAGCACGAGCCGCUGUCGCUACCAGAGGGCACAGGCGCUGCUGCGGCAGCUGCAGCUGCUGCGGACAGCGCCUCAUCCAACACCUCGUCGAAUCAGUCGACUAUCAAACGACCCGCCAGCAUGUAUGAGCGCCGUCUAGCUAACAAUUUGGCCAAGGGCAACAACGAUGUGCGCAACACGACCAGCAUGUAUCAAAUGGCUGGCGAUGGCAAACCUUUUGGUGAAGAGGUCAAAUUACGCUCAGAUUUGGUAACGCGCUGCCUCAAGGAGCUCAUACAGGCCAUGCAUCCGGCUACGGAGGCCGAUAAGCAAUCAAUAGCACCGCAUGGCGAACGCAUACGCAGCGCUGUCACAGAACUAAUAGCUCUCUAUGCCAAUCUACCGCCGAAUGCUAGCGAAACGACACGCGAGACUCUCAAGCAGCUGACACGCAAGAAUAUACUCAUCCAGCACGAGUGCGAGAAUCUGCAGAAAUCCAUUGAGGCCGACGAUAAGCAGGCCAUACAGAAGAAUUCGCUGGAGGUGCGCGAUUGCGCCUUUCACAUAGCCAGUGCGAUCAAGACUCUGGUGCUGCAGUUCUAUUGAAUGGAUACAAUACAAAACACAUUUUGAUUAGUAGUCCUUAAGUUCCCCAAAGUGUUUCAAAGCAUUUAAGCUAGUAUUAACCCUAUAAAGAAACUCCCGCCCCCUCCCCCACAUAACCCCCAUAGUCUAACCAAGUGCUUCCUUAACGAAACGGAAAUUUGUUUGCCAAAUGAAGCAAUAUAUUUUUUAUUUGUAUUAAUAAAUGUUUUACAUAAAGCAAUAUGUUCCAAUAUGCUUAAUCGCAUAUUGAAUGGAA